GGGAUAAAAGGCCCCGGGAGGCGCCGGGCGGCCGCGCUGAGCCGCAGCCGCGGGACUGGACGGGGCGCAGGGACCCAGGCAAGAGAAUGAGCCGGGCUGGCCCCGCACCCGGCCCGCGCCUCUUCUUCCCCGACGGAGACUCCGGCCGCUGCCCGCCGCCCGCCCGGGGCGCCCCCCUGGCCCGCCGGCCCAAGCCCCAAGCAGGUCGGUGUCCAGAGCAGAGAGCACCGGGGACGGGGCAGCCUGGGGCCGGGGGAGGCUCGCGGGGGCCGGGGCUGGGGGCUGAGCUCUGCCCGUCUCCCCUGCCCGCAGGGAGCCGCCCGAAGCCGGAGCGGGGCGCGGGGGGCUGCCCGGCGGGGCCCAGGAGGAGGAAGCGAACCACGUUCAGCCGGGGGCAGCUGUGCGAGCUGGAGCGGGUGUUCGCCGCGCUGCCCUACCCCGACAUCGGCACCCGCGAGCGCCUGGCCGAGCUCACCCACCUGCCCGAGGCCAAGAUCCAGGUCUGGUUCCAGAACCGCCGCGCCCGGAGGAUCAAGAGCAGGAAGCCGGAGCAGCCGAGCUGCCGGAGGGCUCUGGCCAGUAAAUCGCCCCCCUCCUGCCCCCCACCGCCCCAGGGACAAGGGGCCAGAAGCCAACAGGUGCCCGAGCUCCGCCUGCCCGGCAGCUCCCCGCAGCAGUGCCUGGGCCAAGCGCUGCCGGGCCUGGUCUCUGCCUUCCAGGGGCAGCUCCUGUGGGAGGACAGCUGCCAGCCCCCCUGCAGCCAGGCGGGAGCCCAGUGGCCUGUGGCUGACCCCGGCCAGGCGGGGCCGCAGGGAGCGGACCCCACGGCCGGUGAGGGGCUCUCCUAUUGGGAUGUGUUCCCUGCGCAGACAUCCCUCGGCUACAUCUCCGACCUCAUCUAUAACGCGGCCAUCAUCACCAACCUGGGCGAUCCCUAGGCCUGGCCCCGGCCAAGGCGGGGGCCGCAGUUGUUGCUGGGGGGCAGCCGUCAGGCCUGGCGCCUAGAGCUCCCCUGGAGCAGCUGGCCCCAGGCACUGCUGGGCUCUGUGCUGGGCAAGACAUCCGGACCUGCGGUGCCAGAUGGAAACAGCUGCCCAUGGACAUGGGGGCAAACCCAGCUAACGGGGCCAGGCUGCCAACUGGAAACAGCCCUUAGCUGUGUCAGCUCCCCUCCGCCAGGCUCCCAACCCCCACUCCAUCUAACCACUAGCCUGCAGGGCAGCUGGGCGCGGGGGGCUCUGGGCUGCCACAGGACACGGAGGACUAAGUGUCUGAGCCCCUGCAGUGGUACUUGGCUGAAUUCAUCUGGAGGGAGGCUCUGCUCGCAGGGCGUGCAGCGGGGUGACCUCUGCAUCUUGCCUUUCUUGGGUGCGCGCUGCAAAGCAAUUCCAUCCCAAUCAUAACUGUGGGGCCGCGCCCCCUCCCCAGCUUAGCGCUGUAAUUUUCAUUAGAGGGGAAGUAUUAUUGCAGUGACUCCUUAAGAUCUUUGCAAUACCAUCCAAUAUCCUAAAUGCAGGUCUGUGCCGCGGGCUGGCAGCGCGGGGCUGGAGCCCGGUCCUGCAUAUCACAAUCAGCAGUAAUACCAACUAAUCUCUCAAAAAAUACCUUAAUCUCAGGCUGUAUUUGCAAAUGAUUGUGGCCGGGCCCCGCCACGGACUUUAUCUACAUUACCUAAUCCCGGCGCUAUGUAACAUUUCCAGGUUACAAAAUAGAUUUGCACAUAUCAGAAAUAUUAAAGCGUGUUUUUAGAAGGAGCUUAGCAGCCAUCAGAACAUUAAUCAACAUUGUUAGCUCCUGGCCCACUGCCCACUGCUAGCCCCUCCCUGG